UGAAGGCCAGAAAGAAGAGUGUGAUUUUGACAACAAAAGACUAAAAGUGUAUAUAUCGCCGAUAUAAUUGUUUGAUUUUGAAGAUAUAUUGGUGGAAGUCAAAUGUCCUACGGUUGGUCGUCCGAUGAACUCGGUACAACAGGAAGUAAAAGGACGAAGAUGUCCCACCAUAAUAUCAGCAUCACUAGCUGGGACAUUAAUGAUUCUUUGGCUGCAGACUUUGAUGGAUCAUUAUCCGGACUAGGAAAUGACCUGGGAUCAGGCACUUAUAACAUGAGUGAGGCAUUGCUUGCAUUACCAGUCUUUAAACAGGAAAAUUUGGACACAGGGUUCCAGUAUAUAUUAGGGGCAGCUACAUCUCCAGCAGUGAAACUAAAUGAAGAAACACUGACCUACCUCAAUCAAGGACAGUCGUAUGAAGUAAAAAUGAAGAAACUGGGUGAUUUAUCAGAUUUCCAAGGAAAGUAUCUAAAGAGUAUUAUACGAGUUUGUUUCCAUGAGAGAAGAUUACAAUACAUGGAAAAAGAGCAAAUGGAAUCUUGGAAACAGGCACGACCAGGGGAGAGAAUUCUUGAGCUUGACAUUCCACUAUCAUAUGGCAUAAUUCAUUACAAAAAAGACACACCUAGUCUAAAUACAAUAGACUUUAUCUGGGAUCCUACCAAAGAAUGUGGUAUAUAUAUAAAAGUACAUUGUAUAAGUACAGAAUUUACUCAGAAGAAACAUGGUGGAGAAAAGGGUGUGCCAUUCAGGAUACAAGUAGAAACACAUACAUAUGGUGAUGAAGAUUCAAAGUUGUUACAUUGUGCCUCAUGCCAAGUUAAAGUGUUUAAGCCCAAAGGAGCAGACAGAAAACAUAAAACAGACAGAGAAAAGAUCGAUAAAUUAAAUGAAACAGAUAAGGAUAAAUAUCAGCCUUCCUAUGAAUGUACAGUAUUAACUCAGAUAAAUGUAGACCAGAUGGCAUCCACAAUACUACAGCCUGGACCUUCCCCACCAAAUAAUAGUGCUGUGUUUGCUGAACCAAGUUUUAGUGGAAAAAAUGGUUCUUUUGCCAGCUUGAGUGAAAGUUUUGCCCAAAUCAAUACAAAUUCACCCACGCCAACAAUAUCAGCAGUCUCAUCACCAUUUAGAUGUAAUAGUGAAGAAGACAGUGAACCGAAGGUUAAAAGUCCAGAGAUAAAAACAUCAAAGGAUAAAUUAAUAUUAGAUGGGGUACCACUGCCAUCAGAUGCCAUAGCAGAUACUGUAUCAGCAUGGUUACAAGCCAAUAGAUUUACCAGUCAUGUUAGAGUUUUCCAAAAUUUCUCAGGUCCAGAUAUAUUGAGGUUGACAAGAGAUGAUCUGAUACAGAUUUGUGGUAUAGCAGAUGGUAUACGACUCAAUAAUGCAUUACAAUCCAAAGCUGUAAGGCCUCGUUUAACAAUAUUUGUAUGCCAAGAAACUGAUUCAGUUUACCAUGCCCUGUAUUUAGAUACGUUUACAAGUCAAGAAUUGAUUGGAAAACUGGCAAAGUUGUACAGUGUAUCAUCACAACAGAUAGCAGAAUUAUACUGUUCUGGUCCAUCAGGGAUUUAUAUACUUAUCACAAAUGAGGUUGUUCAGAAUUUUAAAGACCAGGCAAGAUUUGUUGUUGAAGCUAUGAAAGAUGAAAACUCAAUGCAGUACAAAAUACUACUCAAGGAAAUGAGCUGAAAAUGUGUUUCAAAUAGUUGGUUGAAGAUAUAGACUUCAGACUAUAAAGUCUCACUAUUGCCUCUAAUGUCACAACUAUCACAUGCUAUGUGUUGGGCAGCAUACUUGUAUUUGUUACAGUUAUAUUUAGCAAGGUUUUGUUGUAAUGUCUGUUAUUACCUGGUAUGUUACAUCAUAGUGAAUACACUUACUGUUAACAGGUGUAAUCCAUUUAUAAUGGUGAUAACAACUUGUAUUUUGUUUUCUUUAAGGUCAAAUGUGUAUCUCUUCAGAUAGAGAUUUAAAACAGUUUUUAUUUGAAGUAAGUUCUAGCUCGACUGAUGUUUGUUUUCUGCAGUAAAGACAACAGAAAGAAGUGCUAGCUCAGGUUGAGAUGUAUAUCUGUAUUUCAUUCAUAAAGAAGUGCUAGUUAGGGCUGAGAUGUAUAUUUAAUACAGUUUUUCUUUGAAUCAAGUUUUUGCUCUUUCCCUCUAUAUCAUAUACUUUCACUUAGCAGUAUGAUUUUGCCUUACUUAAAUGUAUAUUUUGUACAGUUUUACUAAGCAGACAGCUCAUGUUUAGAUGUAUAUAAUAUGGUUUUCAUGGCUACUAGGUCUUAAUCUGGCUCUAGAUCAUAACUUUUGAUAUUAAGUUUAGAAGAGAUUUGUUGUUUAACAUUUUUAUGCAACAAAGAUUCAAAGUAGUUUGUAUAUUUUUACACCUGUCAUUUCUUAUCCCAAUCUGUCUCCUUGAUAAGCAAUACAGUCCACUUUCAUUAUCUCAAAGAUACUAGCGAUAAUUUUUUAUCUCUAGUGAGAAGCAUGAUAUGAAAAAUUAUUACAAAAAAGAUCAAAUAGCGAAAAAAUAAAAUUACAUGUUGUUUGUCUCUUAGUUAUUUCUUUGUACAGUAGCAUUUUUUUCCUGUGGUUUUUAGCCGAGCAAAAAAUUUCUAAUUAAUCUUCGCGGGAUUUUAAUUUUACAAAGUUAUUUAUUCUGGUAUACCAGAGAUUUGAGAAAAUUUAGAUUUCUUUUAAUUUUCUUGUAUUUGGAUCUUUUUCAGCAACAGAAAAUACGAAAGAUUAAAGACACCAUUUGAUAAGUUUUGAGUUGCUCAUUUUAAGCACAGCAAAGCUCAUUUAUGUAUGAUUAUCGAUAAUUGAUUAUGAAAGAUUUAAAUAAUUUUUCAUAAUCUAUAACAAUGUAUCAUUUAUUAUGGUGAUCAAAGAUAAUCUUAGGUAAAGUCUCGUGGGAAAAGGGGAAAAGGAUGUCAUGAAUCGAUACAGUAGUCAAUGAUCAGAAAUUUAGUUACAGGUGUACCUUCAACCCAUGUAAAUCCCUGAGGUCAUGGUUUGACAUAUGUGUGUUGUAUUGAUUGUAGAUCGAGAUAAAUAGUGCAAUUGAAAUGUUUUUGUUAACCUUGGGCCUGUAAAUUUAUUUGAGUCAACUGAAGUUUAGAGUCAUAAGAAGUCGAAAUACAUUUAUUUAUUUCAUAUGGAGCAAAGUUUCGGGACCACUGGAAAAUUUCAACUCAUCUGAAAUUUUGAGUCAACUAAGUUUGAGAGGAGAGUUAACGGUAGUUAUGUUGACUAUAUAUGCCCAUGUUAUUAGAUAACAGGAACAUCAAGUGUUUCCCUUGUUCAGCUGUGUUUUUGGUUUCAGUUUCCAUUCAGUAACUUAAGUUAGCAUUGCUCUGUGAAUUUAGAAAUUAUUGCGUGCAUUUAUUAUUGCGUUUUUUUUUUUGAAGACUGGACCAAAAUGUAAGAUUAAUAAUUGCGAUUUUAGGAAAAACUGCAUACAGAUAUCAGAAUGCGAGUUCUUAUUAUUGCGUUACUCACCCAGUUGCAUUAUUCACAAUAAUAAAAACCUUUUCUCUGGAUUUUACAGUCAAUUUUAUUAGGAAAUGUUGUUGGGGAUCAUUGAGAUCAUGUUCAAUUUAAUGUACUUUUAAUUUCAGGGUUGUUAAAUAUCUUGAGUAUGAUUGAGUUUAAUGCAAUAUUAGUUACUACUGAAAUUUGAGUUCCAAUAUGUCAUUCCAUAAUACUUGUUAUGAUUAUACCAUAAUAUUUUAUUUUUUCACAUUUUACACAAAUAAUAAGGUUUGCUUAACCCCAUUCAUCUGAUUCAUUAGAAAUGGGGUUAAGCAAACUUUUUUUUUCUUUCAUGCCUGUAGGGCACAGAUUCAGCCACCCCAUUCCCCCCCCCCC